UACUGUUUCCUUUUUCUUUCCUUUUUACAAAUGUAGUGCUCUGGUUCAUUAAUUAAUUUCAUUUCCCCUCUGAAUAUCCCCUAUAUAUCUAUAAUCACCCUCUCGAGAGGAACCAGCACAAACUCAGAGAACUACCGUGCUACUAGAUACAUAGAUUGUCAGCUGUGAGAAGACUCCCAUCCCCACAAGCCCAUCAUGUCUUGCAUAGGUGGUUCCUCCUCUUCCACGGCGAGCAACAAGAGAAAGGGAAAGGAGAUUGUGGUGGAGGUGUCAGCUGUGGUGGAGGAGGAGGAGAAGCAGCAGCAGCAGCAGAGAAAGGGAAAGGAGGUUGCGUUGGAGGAGGUGCCACUGCCUGCAGUGGCGGAGUCUUACGACGAUUCAGAUUUAGAUUCGGGUUCUGGUUGGGACUUCUACGAGGAGGAGUACUCGGAGAAGAAGGAGCAAGAGAGGAAGGAAAAGAAACCUGCAUGGCUGGAUACGCUGCUGAGAACCAAGUUCUGGGACCCGUGCAAGGAGCACGGGUCCAAGAACAGGGCAGACCAGUGCAUGUUCUGCCUCAGGUGCUCCAAGCUGAGCUGCCCUCGCUGUGUCCACGACCAGCCCGGCCACCGCCUCCUCAAGAUCCGCCGCUACGUCUACCGCUCCGUCGUCCACGCUUCCGACAUGCAGGAGCUCGGCAUCGACGUCUCCAGGAUACAGACAUAUGUCAUCAAUGCGAGAAAGGUGCUGCAUCUGAGGCCCAUGAACAGAUCCAAGCAUUUCAGGCCUCAAGCAGGGACACCUCGCUGCAUAACCUGCAGGACCUGGCUGCGUAGCGCGCCCAACUUAUUUUGCUCCCUUACCUGUGAGGAGGAUGUUGAUGUGUCGCAAGAUGACUUCUCAGGGCCCGAAGCUGAGCUCCGCUACAGGAGUUUCCAAGUGCAUAUGGCUGAACCUGCUGAGGAGCUGUUGCCUGAUGACCCUGAAGUUGAGCAUGAGAUCAUGCCUGCACAAGUUGAGCCGCCACCACUGGCGGCAGCCGCCGCCGCAAAUCAGAACGUGUCACUCCGCAGGCGGGCGCGCAAGCAGGCAGCGCCAUUGAGGGCGCCGUUCUUCUGAUGAUGUGCCCGCUUGCUGCUGGAUCAUGGGUACAUGCGUCGAAUAAGAGAUGUCGAGCCUGUGCAGAGUUGCUAAAAUAAACAAGACUAGGUAGCUGUGGUGGCUAGCUAGGUGCGAUCUAACUCCAUGUGCAUGAAUGAUGAAUUGAUGAUCGGUCUGCACCCUUUUCUUAUAUGGUUGUUGUUUGAGAUUAAACUCCAUAUGCAUGAAUGAUGAAUUUGCAGCCGCA